AUGAUGGAGUCUCUCGUUUCCCUGGAGAAGGCGAAGCUUCGUCUCCGCCUCACCGUGCUUUCCGCGUUUUUGUUUUGGGCGAUUUUGGGCAUCGCAGCCUGGUGGCACGUGACGUCCAUCACGCGCUCGCCGAUUCCCGCGCUGUCCUCUUUCCCCAUUGCAGAGCGCGUCUCGUCCCAGCUCGCUGAAGGACAGGGAGGCGGGGCUGCGGCCCGCAAGGCAGCGACUGCCGCCUACGCGCGCUGGGAGGCUGCGCACACCAAAAAAGGACUGGACGGGAACGACGCGUCCUCGGUGCCCUUCUUCGCUCUCCUCCCUCCCCUCGUCACAGGCUUCUCUCUGAAACUCGUCCCCCUUUGCGAACAGGCGCUUCCGGACGCGACCAGCUUCUUCGACUGGCUGCGCGCGAAGGCAGCCGCCCUCCGCGACUCGGGGCGCGUGUCGUUGCCCGAGGAGCCGCGGGUGUACCGCUCGCUUUUCCCGGGGAGCGUCGAAAGCGAAGACAGCAAAGAGGGCGAGGCAAAACAGAGACCGGCCUUCGUGACCGACCUCAACCUGCUUCUGUCUCCCGCGGAACCGGCGGCUUCGGGUGGGCCCGGCACAUCGACUUCUCUUCUGCGAGUGGUGCUCACGGAUCCCCUGCCUGGGGCCUCCUGCGCCGCUCCGCUGCCGAACCUCGAUAGAGCUGAAUUCGACCUCACAUACACUGUCGCCUUUUCUUCUUCUGCGCGAGAUGCCAAACAGACAGACGCUCCCGCCGACGCCGCGGAAGCGUUCGCUUCCCACUUUGUGCUCCACGCUGACUCGGCGAUCACGGUGGCCGCCGGGGCUUCAGACUCCGCCGCCCUUUCUUCCUUCAGGAGGAAAGCCGCAAGCAGUUUCCCAGCGCUCGCCCAGCUGCUGCGUCUCGCGUUCUUCGCGCCCCUCGACGAAACGUCUUUCCGCUUUCCCUUCUUCUCUCAGCAGGAUGUCUACAACCCUUUCCUCGAGCCUUUCUUCUCUCGCCUCGGCUUCGUCUUUAACUUCUUGCACGUGCAGUCCCAGGUGGUCCCCCACAGCGGCAUUGCGUCGCUCCUCAAGCGCCCCGCCACGCCUUCGUCGGCCUGGCUCCUCGAUCUCGCCUCGCAGCACAGACUGCAUGCGGUCGCCAGCAACUGGCAGCCUGAGCAGAUCAUCACGACGCCGACUCAUGCGCCCGCACCAACUAUCAACUUUGCGGUGUACCGGUCGCCCGUGCCGCUCGUCCUCAAGGACGGGAAGCCCCAGCGCCACGUCGAAGCAGACGCGGGCGAGCAGGACAGGUCUGGUGCGAGAACCGAGACGGUGAAUGGGAUAGCCAUUCCAGGCUGGGGCGGUCUCGUCAUUGCUUCGCCCUCGUCGGCCGCCGUUCCGGCCUCCUCUGUCACGCGCUUUCCUUCGGACGAAAUGCGACAAAUCUGCGGUGUCUGGGUCGCGCAGCUUCGGUCCUUCUUCUCGCUUCCCGACACGCUCGAGGACUACUUCGGAGAGGCAGCGGCGCCGAGAACCGAGCGCGCGGAAGACCGCUGGCGCGUGCAAGUCGUGACGUCGCGCGCCGCGAAGCAGGCGAUUCUCGAGCGAGCGCCGGACUUGGAAAAUCGCGGAACAAGUGCAGCGGACGUCGUGAUGAUCUGGACUCACGGAGAAAAAGGGGAAACACGAAGCGAUCCCGAAAAGGAAGAGAAGAUCCUAGUCGUCGCGCAACAUGCCGACGCUGGCGUCGGUCUCUGGGAAGUCUGGCGCCUCGCCCGCCGGGUGUAUGUACAGCUCGUUGAAAGAGCCGUCAGCAACAUCCGUAGCCUGCAAACCAUCCUCGAAGAUCAAACGGAGCUGGUUGUCUAUCCCCACGUUGGAGAAGCCCUGCAGCGAGCACUGACUUUCAUUGACUGCAGUGCGGAAGCUCUCCAGGGACGGAUUUGCUCGCAGCUGCCAGCAGACGUUCGUGAGCAACUUCUCGGAACCCAAAUGCCUUUCAUGGAAGGAAAACAAGACGCCAAAGGUUCGCAGAGAGGCGCCCUUCGCGUCCCUCACGCACGCUUCCUCGGUCUCGCGCUUGCUCUUGCACGCGCUGCUUUCCAAGAUUCUCUGGAGGCUCUCCAGGAGGAGAGCGUGACGGGGAAAUCACAUUUUAGCUUUGAGUUCAAGUGCGCGAUUUACCUUCCAGUCGUUCUCCCGUUCUUCCUGCCGCUACUCGUCGGCUUCAUCAAGGUGUUCAAACAGCGCAGGCUUCUGGAGAAGGCUGCAGCAGCGCUCUAG